GUAUUUACGUCAAAGUCACGCGAUAUGGCCGAAUUAUCGUUAAUAGUUUCUUUCCUCUUCCUAUCAUUAAUUAUAAGCGUGGCAGCUAUGGCGGAGGAUCCAAACGAGUUCUUCUAUGGUGAAUUUCCCGAAGAUUUCAUGUGGGGAACGUCGACUUCGGCCUACCAAAUCGAAGGCGGGUGGAAUGCAGAUGGCAAAGGUCCUAGUAUUUGGGAUAAAUUCACGCAAGCCGGUGGGAAUACUUUUAAGAACCAAACAGGAGACAUAGCUUGCAAUUCGUACCACAAAACCGACGAAGACGUAAAGCUGUUGAAAAAUCUCGGUGUAGGCUAUUACAGGUUCUCGAUAUCGUGGCCCAGAGUGUUGCCCAAAGGAACUGUUGAUCAAGUGAACCAUGCCGGAGUUGAAUACUAUAACAAAUUGAUCGACUCGCUGUUAGAGAACAACAUCACCCCCAUGGUGACCUUGUAUCACUUUGAUCUACCUCAAGUGUUACAAGACAAGUAUGAUGGCUGGUUGAGCCCAGAUUUGGCCGAUAUUUUCAAUGAUUACGCUAGAUUUUGUUUUGAAACAUUCGGGGACCGAGUCAAGUGGUGGAUAACAAUAAACGAGCCUUGGGAGGCGGCACUGUUAGCGCAUGGCUUCGGAAUGACUCCCCCAGGAAAGAAAGAACUUCGCUCAACCGUUUACAAAGGUAACUACAACCGAUUGGUUAUAUUUUUUUUUCACAUGUAAACAGUUCUAAAUUAUUUCAAAUCCAUGACCGACGAGAAAAACAGAUUUUAAAAAAAUGUAAAUACAGGAAGAGCCAAAGGAAGAGAUGUAUUCGUGCUCAGCACGAAAAUGCCGGUGGGUCACGCACGCUUCGACACAGAAGCGAGGGAGCCACGAGAGAGUGCGCGCGUCGCCUUUCGCGUGCCACUCGCGCGUGACUUAACAUGAUAUCUCCCAAAUGCAGAGUUUACUUGCGAGAAAACAAAAAUUUGGUUUUAUCAACUGAUUUUGUAAAGUGAAUUUAAACCUUCACUGCGAUUGAAAAGGCUCGCCCACAGGGCUUUGCGCUUAAGCCCUACGGACGAGGUCGUGGCGUUUCGCGUGUUCGAGGGCCAGUCAUUUAUCAGAGAAAAUCCCCUAGCCCUAGCGCUAGACGCCCUAGCCUAGCCCUGAUAAUUGGGUGAUAAACGCUGUAAAAUGAUUUAAUAUGGUUUAUUUAUUCAUCUAUUUUCUUGCUAGUUUCUUAUGUCAUGCUUCUUGCUCAUGCCAAAGCAUGGCACACCUACGAUAAUGAAUUCCGUCCCACGCAGCAUGGGAAAGUGUCAAUAAUUCUAAACGUGCAGUGGGGGGAACCCAAGACGAACACGCAAGCUGACAUAGACGCUGCUGAACGGAGUCUUGAGUGGUGGCUCGGAUGGUUUGCUAAUCCUGUCUACGUAAAUGGAGACUGGCCUGACAUCAUGAAGACGACGGUCAAGAAGAACAGUGAAGCUAAGGGAAUUCCAAACAGGUAAGAUAUCCUGGGCGUGGCUAGAAUUUUUCCAGUGGGGGUGCAGUGGUUACCAGAUUGUCAUGUCAAUAUUCCUCGGGGGGUACUCCCCUGUAAAAGUGACGGUGGUGCUGGUCGGAAAAUUUCGAGCGCACCCCUAAAGGUACUAGAAUCUUGUUUUAUGGGCGUGUCCCAAAUUCAUUUUCACCCCUAAGAGGUACCAAUUCAACAACAACAAAUUAUAACUGACACUGCAAAUUUUAAUAGUAGUACAGAUAACUUUCGAAGACUUUACUCUCAGUGACUUUUUGAAAGUUUUGUCAUAAAUCUUACCGAGACAACUCUGGCAGCAGUCAUUUUAGGUUUUAGCACCCUAAGCGGUAACAGUCCACAAAUUAAAACCCUUAAAAGGUACGACGAGCAUCCCCAUCAUUUUUCUAGGGGAGUAAACCCUCUUCCCCCCCCGGCGACAUUCCUGCUGUGUCAGUUCGUAAAAGUGGCUUUUCUUUCCCGAAAUCAGCGAAUAUGGAAGGAGGAAGGAGGCUACAAAAUGUAUAUAUAGAUAAGUCAAGCGGCGAGAGGGACCGAACGCGUUAUCGGUAUAAACCAUAUUUUAGCUUAUACAAGAGCUUCUGACGAAAACACGUACGUUGAUAUACAAGGAAAUUUUAAACCAAGUGCUCUCAUACCUUGGUUUACCGAGAGAUGUAUCGUGCUUCAAAGUGAGUGAAUUUUAUAAUUUUAGCUUGGACUUUAGUUGAUCAAUUUUCUGGCGUUUUUGCGAAAAAAAGAAGGCAUACCUUUCACAAAGUAAAGGGUUGGAGCGGUUCUCGGGCACCCCAGUAUGCCUCCCAGCUUCGCUGCCAUGGACGAGGUUUGAACACUUUAGAUUUGAAGCAGCUAAUAAACCACAUGGUCUGUAACAUAAGCUUUUACUCUUCCCCACGUCACCUGCUUCGGUUUUAAUCGCCCGUUCAAAUGUUUGUUAUGUCAGACUUCCCGAGUUUACCGAGGCAGAGAAGCUGCUUAUCAAAGGGACAGCAGAUUUCUUCGCUCUGAACGCCUAUAGUGCUUUCCUUAUUGAAAACCAGGAAUACCCACCUGAUGUGGACUGGAACUACAUGACUGAUCAGAGAAUGAAAACCACUUCUGAUCCAUCUUGGCAAAGAGGUACAUUUCAUUUCUCAUUGAUCCAUUUCAUUUCUCUCCAUUCAGACUGUUAAUAAGCUACGCACUCCAAACACGUACAAAUGAUUAAGUCCCUUUCAAUAUGUAACUGGUAUUAUUAUAUGACUGGAUCCGCGAGCGGGCAAGAUGAGUCAAUCAUGUGGUGUGAUUGGCUACCUGAGGGGGGCAAGAUGGGCUCUUCUUGCCUGCUUCCCGUUUCCAGUCUUAGGGAGUGCGUUCAAACGAUAUCUAUCGUCCCAGACCCUCUCUCCUUUGGUAAGUUGUUGAUGUCAUUCACCCCUGCGAAAUCUGAGGGGAUGCAGAUACGUGUCUCAAGAUCUCUUCAGUCGAUAAUGGUUUAAACCCCACUCACUGAAGUCUGUCACGCGUUCUCCAAAAGAACCUGAUUUUCCAGUCAUAUUCAUCUGACUGCUGUCUGCGAGAAGUGUGAAUGCAAGCACACAAUAACUAUCCCCUAGUCGGCUUUAUAGGUCAGUUAGUGGAAUGGUACGUGUGCAGCGCAAUUACACGAAGAAAUGGCUUGGUUCAGGUUGCAGCCUGAACAAAUGAUAGCAGUUAUGUCAGUUAAGCGAGGCAUGUGGCACCAACUUUGAAAGAAAAUAAGUAUAAUUUGUGUGGGUAAGGAAACUGAUUCUCAUAUGAACGGAUAAGUACCAGGACUCGCCCUGAAAACGAGGCUUGAAUAAUUCGAUAAAUGGCCUAGCAUUAUUUUGUGUAAAAAAGCAAUUUCAACGACAAAUAACGUAAUUCAAAAUACCCUUUCGUCUCCUUUUUAUUGUAAAACUGCUUAUAACUGCAACGAGAGCUUCUUUUUCCCAUUAUUUCAAUUAAGCUUACAUAGGUACAUGUAGUUAACUGAAGAUACUGGCAAAUUGUUUUCAGGUUCGAAACUUUAAGUUUCGAAACUGUAACCUAAAAUGUAACAAGGAAGCAUCGGUUCCUCUUGUCGAAACUUGGCCUGGUACUUUACUGUAGGCUCUGCGUCUCAGUUAACUAUUGUGAUUCGAAAGUGAUAGUUCAUGCACCCUCUAAUUAACUUUUUCAAGUCGUUUAUACAAAGGAUCAUGGCUUACAAUAGAACCUCAGUAUAACAAGCUCACUCAGGGAGUGGGAAAGGUCGUGGGAAAAUAUGUAUUAGUGUUUUUUGUGUGUGUGUAAGGAGGAGACGUGGGGAAGCUUCGAUGCAUACAUUAUUUCACAGCUUGCGUGAAAAAUAUAUUUGGUUUUAUCGUGGUCACUUGGCUCUAUAUAAGGACAAAGUUUUCCUCUGUAGGUGCCACUGUAUGGAUGUACAGCACUCCUUGGGCCCUACGCAAGCUGCUAAAAUGGGUGAAGGAUCAUUAUAAUGACCCUGAGAUCAUUGUCACGGAAAAUGGUUUUUGCAUCGAUGGAGAAGACCAACUGACUGGUGAAGCCGCCUUGAAUGACACGCUACGCGUGGAUUUCUUGACUUCUUACACCAACGAAGCAUUAAAGGCAAUCCGCUUGGAUGGGGUGCGACUGAAGGGAUAUUUCUACUGGUCUUUUCUCGAUAAUUUUGAAUGGAUGGAAGGAUUUCACAUCCGAUUUGGCAUUCACCACGUAGAUUUUGACGAUCCUAAUCGACCCCGCACUCCCAAGCGGUCUGCAGAGGUAUAUAAAGAGAUUAUUCGUAACAAUGGUUUUCCAAAGAAACCACAAGAAAAGUCGGAGUUGUAAAGAAAUGGUGACUCCUGUGCUCCUGUCCAUAGCUAUCCUCUACUCCGCAGUAUCCCCACCAGCUCGGAGACAGAGUACAUGGUUCACAGAGCACGUGAAUCACAGCGUGUUACUGAAAUCAAUCUAAACGCGCCAAAAUCACUCUCAGCCAAUGAAUGCAGAGUGAAUAUAUAUUGCACAUUAUAUUAUUACAACUAUUUAUAUUAGUGUUAUUGUAAUGACACCGUUCCUUUACCACUUGGUAGGAGCCAAUAUGGCUUUGCCUAAAUCAGUAUUACAUUACCUAAAGGUCCCUUUCACAACUGAACGUAACGAUAAUUAAAUAACACCCCGGAAAAGUGCGUAACUGUGGUGAUUAUUUGGGUAAGAAAAGUAAUUAAUUAACCGGUAAUGAUAAAUAGUGAUUCAAGCCGUUUUGUACUGUUAAAAAGUCGAUAAAAGCAGUAGUACAGUUUGAAGAGGGUUGUGAUGCGACUGUUUCCUUCUGGGUAUUGGAAGGACUUUUUAUGGGGAACUAGCCGGUUCUUCGUUAGCCUGCGUAGCAUGGCGGCUUUAGUUGGGAGCGCUAAAUAGUAAAGGCGGGCUUGCUUUAAUCUCCAACUAGGCUCAUACAACUUCACAUUGCAGUAUCAGGAAAGCACUCUCUGAAUAUCAUUGUCACACCUUGAUUUUACUCGACUAGCAACAGCAUCUUCCAAACUCAAAAUAAUGCUUACUUAGGUCUUCUGUGAUUGGCUAAAGAAGACUCCUUUGCAUUGAACCUUCGAGUUUUAACCCGAAUUUUCACUAUGAAGCUUGGGUUGACCAGUCAAUAUAAAACGAGGUGACCAUUAUAAAAAUUACAAAGUAACUGCUUGUAUACAAUUUUUUUAUAAUUUACAGAGGGUGUUUCUUUGUCGAUAAUGGUUGGCUAAAACUUUUCCAUAAAUUAACUACGGACGUCAUCGAAAAACUCAGAGGACAAAUUAAAAAUGCAGUUCACAGUGCAAGUUCUUUACCUACAAAAACACCUAUAAAAUCACUAAGUC